CUCCCAUCUCGCACGAACUCGCUCUUUCUCUUCCACUUCUUUUUUUAACUUCUUUCUCCCCCGUCCUUUUGAUAUUUCCUAUUCUAUCCGUGUCUCUCGUAUCUCCCCCUGCGCCCCAACAAGCAUAGUGUUACAUUACAUCUCUAUUCCCUUCAUUGCAGCCUGUACUGCACAACUUCUCUCCCUUUAUUUUAGCACGGAAUACUGGUUUCCUCCUUGUCAUUCGAGUCUAGAGACGGAACUGCACUCCCUCUAUUCUUUCAUUUUCUCUUCUUAUCUCUCGGUCCGAUGCGUGCUUGAUUCAGAUCUCUUGCAUCGCUCUUCGCGGUGGGAUAUUUCAACACCUAAAGGUCGAUCCAGUCUCGAGCUUCUGGCGGGGUGGCUAGGCUAUUCUCAUUGCGAACCAUGUUGGGGCCAAAAUAGUUUUGGAUUUUCCCUUGGACCAAUAGCAAAAUUGCCUCAUCUCAUUAUCUGCGGGUCUUGUAAUUUCGGCGGCGCAGCCCCCCAAUGCAUUUGACUUGGGGCUCCGUUGAUCAUGGAAUCUUGGAUAUCUCACAAGGCCAUAGCCAUUCUGGGAAAAUUCGAAAAAGGGGUUUAGAUUCUUAUGCAUUCCCACGUCAACCCGUCAAGGGUAAAGGGGCAUGGCAUGGUCCAGCUGUCAUUUCUGCCUCGGACAAUCUCGGUAGCCUUUCGAUAUUCCCUGGUGGUCUCCAAAGUUGGUCGACGGCGCUGGCUAAACCGGGCGAUCACGAGCGAAUAUGUUUCUUAGCAGGUUCUGUGUGAUCUGAGACCCUGGUGGGUGUUAGUUGGACUUUCACUGGAAAAAGGAUGCUGGACCCUGCAUUUCAAGUGUUUCCACUCUAUUCUAAGUCUUCACACAAGAUUGGUCAAAUGGUAUAGUCCUGCCGGUGGUAAACGGAGGAGGGAAAGAGGAAGGGCGGAGGGCGGGGUGGCGAUGAACGGGAGGUUACUUCGCCUAUGUGUCUCAUGGUGCUGAACUGCAUUAUGUAGCUACACAAGUCCUGGUUGCAGUUACAGCCAGGUCCAACUGACCAUCAGGUGAGGCGUCCUUUUUCCCAGCUAGAUUUGCGAAGAUUGUUUAAGCAAGACAGAUUGUGAGUUUCACAGCCUUUGUCUUUCAUUUUGGAUUGUCUAUAUAAGCAGCUGGAUGUUUCUCUUUCCCAUGAAUGAAAAGUCAGUGUGCUUCAACUGUGAACUAAACAGGUGAUGAAGCUCUAGAAAAACCAUUGAAGAUGACAGUGGACCUCAACAAUAUAACUUUCCAUUUCCCACAGAAUGCAAAUCUUCCAAAGUUCAAUGCAUUCAAGCCACCACACACAAAUAUUCUCAAUAAAACCCAUUGUCAUCCAAUCCUCCCUCAACCUACACUCCCUUCUAUCCCUAUAACUUUGCCAUCACCUAUACUAAGACUUGCCCCUGCUGAUUCCCUUCUCACAAAGCCCUCAUCAGCACAGUCAC